UUUUUAAGUACUUAAUCUUACUUUUACCCCUCUUCGAUCUCACAGUCGAACUUAAAUUAAUUACUUACUUGAACGUAAUCUCAACCAAAGUAUGUACUAUGGCCAUCAGUGAAACCAAUUACGGACUGAUUCGCAAAGCUGCCGGUGUAGCGGCGUUCGAAGGCAUCCCCGUCCCAACUUUACCUGAUGACUAUCUACUCAUUCGCGUUGUUAUAGUUGCUGUAAAUCCUACUGAUUGGACAACACUUGAUGCACCAGGUGACGAUGGCACGCUGGUAGGAUGUGAUUGGGCAGGAACAGUAGAAGAAAUUGGGCCAAAAGUUGAGAAAGCAUUCAAAAUAGGUGAUAGAGUUGCGGGAUUUGCUCAUGGAGGUAAUGAUGCUAGACCACAGACAGGAGCUUUCGCAAAAUUCAUCAUAAACAAAGGCGAUACAGUGAUAUGUGUUCCUGAUAACGUACCAUGGGAGGCAGCCGCAUCUGUACCGUGUGCUAUCGGCACAAUGGGACUUGGACUGUUCAAAUUCCUAUCAAUACCAUUCCCAGGACUCGAAUCCAUCCAAAGUUCCGAAGCAAGCCAAGACGAUAACAAGACUAUUUUGAUAUACGGAGGCUCAACUGCUACUGGAACCAUUGCAAUUCAGUUUGCGAAACUAGCUGGGUACACAGUUAUUACAACUGCAUCGCCAAAACAUUUUGACCUUGUCAAAGGUCGUGGCGCCGAUUUGGUAUUUGACUAUAACUCUCCUAAUGUGGGAGAAGACAUCCGCAAAGCGACCGACGACAAGCUCAUAAAAGUUCUGGAUACGGUCAGUAAAGAGUCUUCUGCCAAGAUUAGUGCCGAAGCACUUAGUAGCAAAGGAGGAACCUACGUGAACUUGCUAGGAGAGUACGACGCGCCUCGUUCUGAUGUUGAAUCUAUCUUCUUUCUCGUCUAUGGUAUCACUGGCGAGAAAUAUAUUUUUGAGGGCAAGCAUUGGGAAGCCCAGCCUACAUACUUUGAGUUUGCGAAGAAGUUCUUCCCUGUUGUGGAGAAGCUUUGGGGUGAGGGCAAAUGGACGGAACAUCCACGUGAAGUCAGACCUGGUGGUCUAUUUGGUGUGCUUGAUGGCAUGAAGGACAUGAAGGAGGGCAAGAUAAGUGGAUAUAAGCUUUUGUAUCGUGUGGAGGAAACCCAGUGGCCACAGUAGAGCAAUGGUUUUUUCUUUUCCAUAGAUUAGUUCACGUUACCCUUUAUUGCAGCAUGUUCACGACUACGAGCUUGUUCUACCGGAGUUGGUGGAUCGGGGAGCGAUUCAUCUCCUUCGAGAAAUUGGCGGAUGAUGUCUAACCUCGAGUUCGGAAGGGGUUGCUGGGAAACUGUUUGUUCGCACAACCCUUGCCUGAAAUAGUAAUUUUAAAAAGUUUAUAGAACAAGUUGGUAUGAAGGAAUUUGGAAUAGAG